CAAAGGAUGUCCUACCAAUAUUAAUGAUAUCAGCACAAAGUGUAAUAUAAAAGAUUUUGAAAGUAAUAGAUUUUUUUAUAAUAUAUUUGAUAAAAAAAUAAAGAGAUAUAUAUUUAAUAAUUUAAUGAUUCAUAGUAAAACAAAUUAUUUUGAUAUAGAAAAUAAAUCAUGUGUAGAAUAUGAUAAGAUAAAAAAUAUUCCUUAUAUAUGUAAUAAUAUAAAAUAUGAUAUACAUAAAUAUAAUAAUAAACAUAUAUAUUCUAACAAUUCUAAUAGUGUAAUAAUAAAAGAAAAUAAUAUGGAUCUUUCUUCUUUUUUAAAAAAUAUUAUUUUUAAUAUGAAUUAUUUAUUAUAUCUAUUUAAUAAAAAUAAUCACAUUUAUUUUGUUUUACAUCUCUUAUUUAAAAAUGAUAUAUUAUUACAAAGAAAUAUAAAUAUGUCCUAUAAAAAUAAUAUAUAUAAUAAUAUAUAUAAUAUGUAUAAUAUUUCUAGUGUAUUGAAUUAUAAAAAUGACAUAUUGAAUAAUACUCACAAUUUAUAUAAUAUUUAUGAUUUGUUUGCUUUGUUUAUAUUUUAUGUUCAUAUUAAGAGAUUUUAUUUUGAUUUUUUUUUAUUAAUUCUUAAAAGGAUUAAUAAUAUAGAAAGAACAAAUGAACAUCAUAAUGUAGGUGAUAUGAACAAUAUGUGUGAUAUGAACAAUAUGUCUGAUAUAAACAAUAU